UUAACCCCUCUUUUCGGUGCACACUUCACUCACAACUUAAAAAAUAGGUUGGAAUAUUGUUUGUGAAUGUAUUGCACCGAGCACAGACUACAUACUAUUCACCGAGAUCAAGACUUGCAGUUGAUUUUCAAGAACAUUUAGAUUGUGAUAUUAAUAAUGGCCGAAGACGUGCAAAGACAUUCAGUACAUACUUUAGUAUUCAGAUCCCUUAAGAGGUCUCAUGAUAUGUUCCUAGCAAAUCAGGGGCUUCUGCCCCCCGUUGACGAAAAAGCAGAGAAUGUAAGACGCACAGUUAAAGCAAGAGAUUUUUAUGGACUAGUUUUUGACGACGUUAAGAAAAUGCAAGCAAUGAAGAACCUCAGAGAAGCUGAAGCAGGACCAAAUCCUCCACCGCCAGGGACAGAUCAUCAAGAGAAUAGCAUCAAUGAGAACGCAGUGGUUCCAUAUAUGGAAGCCCCACUGGCAACUAGAGGGCAACAAAAUAACCAGAACCAACUAGCGAAUAUUAUUAAAAAAUCGCCCGCUAUGCCUAAACCCAAAUGGCAUCCACCGUGGAAGUUGUACAGAGUGAUUGCUGGGCAUUUGGGGUGGGUUCGUUGUGUCGCUCUGGAACCUGGAAAUGAGUGGUUCGCAACUGGAGCAGCAGACAGAAUUAUAAAAAUUUGGGAUUUGGCCUCCGGCCAACUGAAAGUAUCAUUGACUGGCCACGUUAGCACAGUAAGAGGGCUGGCUGUAAGUACAAGACACCCUUACUUGUUCAGCUGCGGAGAAGACCGACAAGUAAAGUGCUGGGAUUUAGAAUACAACAAAGUUAUUCGACAUUAUCAUGGCCAUUUAUCUGCCGUAUAUUCCUUGGCUUUGCACCCCACAAUCGAUGUGCUGCUGUCAGCAGGCCGAGACUCAACAGCGAGGGUAUGGGACAUGAGAACCAAGGCGAAUAUCCACACUUUAACCGGCCAUUCUCACACAGUGGCGAAAGUAAUCGCACAGGCUUCUGAGCCGCAGGUCAUUACAGGCUCGCAUGACACCACUAUUCGCCUGUGGGAUUUAGCGGCUGGAAAGUCCAUUUGCACUUUAACAAAUCACAAAAAGAGUGUCAGGGAUUUGGUGUUCCAUCCCACCCUAAAUAUGUUUGCGUCUGGUUCUCCCGAUAACAUCAAGCAAUGGAAAUGCCCUGAUGGCAAAUUCAUUCAGAACUUAUCUGGUCACAAUGCCAUCAUCAAUUGUUUAGCUGUAAAUGCUGAAAGUGUCUUAGUGUCCGGCGGCGACAAUGGAACUUUACAUUUUUGGGACUGGCGUACAGGGUACAAUUUCCAAAGGCUGCAAGCCCCCGUUCAACCCGGUUCAAUGGACAGUGAGGCCGGUAUUUUCUCAAUGACUUUCGACAAUUCCGGUUCGAGGCUGAUUACUACUGAAGCGGACAAGACUAUUAAGAUCUACAAGGAGGAUGACACUGCCACUGAAGAAACCCACCCUAUUAACUGGAAACCCGACAUUCUGAAGAGAAGGAAGUUCUAAUUUUUAUACUUGAUGACCAAACUGAAUCCUGGAAAUGUUUGCUAGUUUCAAGACUUCGUCUACAAUAGCCAGUAAAAGGAAUAUAAUUUGCAGAAUCUACAAAAAAUUCAACAACACCUCAAUUAAUUUGUUAAAUGUUUAUUUUUUGGGAAAUCCGCUUUAAUAGAUCUGACCGUUGUUCGGUAAUAAUUGAUCUGGAACAUUAUUGUAAAGUUUAACUUUUUUUUCGUUUGCAUCGUUUAUCUUGCAAUUACUGCUAUCCAUUGAUUAAUUAACUUGGAGCAAUGUCUCGUCGCCGCAUAAUUAGCUAAUUAACUUUAAAAAGGCCGCUUAUAAAAAGGAUCGAAUUACCACGUCAUUUUGUAACUGAUGUAAUUACAUAAAAAGUCUAUUAUCUGCAAUCAGUAAAUAUACAGGGGGAGUUUUUCUCA